AUGCGUUUCUCAAAUUGCUUCUCCCUCCUCGCUGCAGCUGUCUUCACGCUUGUCUCUGCCGAAGCAUACACAACCGACGCCUUCACUGGUCCAGCACCCAUCUCAAACAUCCACGCCCGCGUCGCCGCCCAAAUCUUCUCUCGUCAAAACAUACAGGACUGCGGAAAUGGACAACACUGCACAAACUCCAUCUGCUGCGGCAACAUCAACUGCAUGCCAGCCGACGCUCAAUGCUGCACAAACGGCCAAUAUUGUCUCUCUGGCGGGACUUGCAUGUUGGAGAGCGGAAUCAUGAAGUGUCAACAUGCGGAUGGAACUUUUGAGAACUCGGGAAGUGAUAAUUCCGGGAGUGAUGCGCCUGCCACUACGCCGGCGCCGAAACCGUCGAGUGGUGAGCAGGUUAAGGUUGGGCUGGGUGGGGUUUUAGUGAUUGCGUUAGGGGCGGUGUUGCUUUUGUAG